UUUCAGUACCAAAAGCGGUAACCCCGAGCUACACUCGGGCUUACCAUGCGGCGUUGCUCAGGGAUUCCCUGCAGCGCUUACCUUGUCCUUCGCUCCCGCGAUGCGUCCCCUGCAGCGUCCCCGGCCAUCUCCUCCGGCCGAUGCCGGCAUCCGGCUUCCGUGUUCCGGUCCCUGUGACGUAAGGACGUACGGGACGUACGGGCGCAAAUUUGAAAAUUUUAAAAAAUGACUUUUUUCUAAAAUGAUUAUUACAUAUGCUUUGUCCUGUGCCCUGCCUGCAUUUUGACUUUUCUUUCUG